AUGCUGCCAGCCUUCUUUGCGAUCAGAGUGCUCGAGUGUCUGGACCGCGCCCCAGGGGGGAACCUCUGCGCUGAGAAAAUGCGCACAAUCGUGAGGGACAAAAUAUUGCUCAAGAAGAACGCAUUCCUUGAUCGUCGCGUCCGCGAAUGCGUCGUUCCGCUCUUGUUGGAUUUGUUUGAUCGGAAGUCGUGCGAGCCACACGCCACGCGGGUACUACUAGAGAUCGCCGCACAGGACCAGCGCCUUGCGCUCGUCAUACACCAGGACACACUGACACGCAGCGAGCAUGACAGUUUGAGCUACCACACACUGCGCGAGCUCGUUCUGAAGGUCGAUGCCGGCAAUAGACCGGACACACACCAAAAGUUCUUGAAUACCAUUCGCUUCCUUAGCGUUCUGACGGCGGUGUGGAAGAAUUCCGUGCGCCCAGUGGAGGCUGCCGACUUACGCGCUGCGUUUCACGAGCAGCUGGAGAAGGCGGGGCUCAUAGCGGAUGUUGAAAGAGACGAGCAGAAUGCUGCACCAGAGGUGAGUGGAACUGUUACUCUGAAGCCGAUGUUAUUCCCAUUCGAUACCGACGUAGUGGUAAGAAGUAUCAACUUGAACGGCAUUGUGAUCGUGAAUUCGAAGCAGCGUCCUGUCUUGCUUCCCCUCAUUGACGUGGGCGGUGCCACGCGGCGUAUCCUCUACAAGAGAGAAAACCUUGAAAAGGACAAGGUAAUGUGCAUAAUGUCGAGGUUGCUCCAGUGGGUGCUGCACAAGCAGCUGCGUCAGGUAGUGUUGCCGACGUAUCACGUCAUUCCGCUCUCGGGCAACUCCGGCAUUAUUGAGAUUGUAGAGGAGGGACAAACAGUGCAGCACGUCAUCGAGCGAUACACGGAGCGUCGUCUACUAAAGUAUCUUGCAAGUCUGGGGCAUCAACAACCUGGGCGAAAACAACGGCAACAGCAGCCGCAACAACAGCAACCGAGCCACGCCAUGGAUAAUCAGCUGCCGACACGAGUCCCAACGCCCGAAGUCCGCCAGAGCUUCCUUUGCUCAGCUAAGUUCUUCAUUCUGAUGAAUUACAUCUUUGCAAUUGGUGAUCGACACCGUGACAAUGUUAUGAUACACCCAAGUGGCGCCAUCUUUCACAUUGACUUUGGCAUGCUGCUGACCACACGGACGUUAGCGGAACGAGUUACCACGAGUUAUGUGCGCUUUGAUCUUGACCUAGAGGAGUGUGUGCUAGAGUUCAUGCGGGACCGUGAACAAUCACCACCACCACCACCGCAUCAUCAUCAUCAUCAUCAUCAUCAUCAUCAUCAUCAAGAGCAACAAGAGGAACAACAUUAUCAUAAUCCUCAGCGUCAGCAAAAACAGAAACAAAAACAAAAACACCGAAAUGUGUCGGAUGCGUCAGCAGCGGAAGCCGCGGAGAAGCCCAACGAUCCCCUUUCCAUGUUUCUGAUGGAGACCGCCGACUGGUUUCUUGAGGUUCGCCCGUACGCCAGCAUGAUCUUUCAGCUGCUAUCGCACGUCGUCCAUCGGUCAGCGCUCGACGGUGUGGCCUCUGUCGAUGUGCUCGCGACACUGAUGCAGACAAUAUUCAUGUGUGACUCAUCAGAGGCGACGUGCAAGGCGCUUUUCUGCGACCGCGUGAAAAGGUCGCGGGGUCAGACAUGGCUGAAAGACUUCACUCAUGACACACAGAAACGAACUUGGAGUAUUUUGUCGCAGGGAUUCAGGUGGAUGCGGGAAAAGGCGGGAAUUGACCGCAGUGAAUUGUAG